AUGCACGAACGACGGGGUGCCGAAAGGGAAUAUACAUGCAAUAUUUGUGGUGAACUAUUCCAAAACAUAUUCCCAUUCCAAGCUCAUCAGCGUGAUGUCCAUGAAGUUGGUGGUGUAAAUCGGAAAUGGAAAAGGAACUGUAAAUCGGGUAGCUCAAUUAGGCAAGCUAAAAGAACGAGAACUGAUGGACCAGGUAUGUAUACUGAUUAUUAGGAGUAAUGUGACAACUUUGUAUUUAAACAAAUAUUUUUCCUCUUUCAAGAACCGCCAAGACCUUCGACGCCGGUUAACGAAGGUAAGAAAAUACAUAUGUUACUCCGUGUUUUCAGUUGCUAUGUAACGUUGCGAAGUUAACAGCACUAAUACGUUUUUUCCUGUCCAGUAGCGUCCACACAUACCGCCAUCAACGAAGGUAUAAUUCUUUAUUGUUAAAUCUCAAGAUUCAAUCAACCCACCAAACGACCUUGCUUCCUCACUCCACCGACAACAUAGGCGUGUCAUUCGUAUGAGACAAAGCCGAGGCAACCGACUACAAGAUUGGUAUAAUUAUCGUAUGAGCUCGUCGAACAUGGGUCAACUUGUUGAUGACCAAAACAACGUAUUCAAGCUUAAUUUAUCCUUUGGCUUCAUUCUUUUCAAUAACGAGAUUGAAGAGAUGCAGUACCAUCACUCUUCAAGCGAAUGACGCUCGGGUAUUUGACACCCCCUUCCAGAUUAGGAACCUCGAAAAUCUACAGCAAGUUCGCGAGGCUUUACAAAACAUCGACAUUCAUGAAUGGGCUCAGCAACAAAGACUAAACUCUAAAAUGGUCGUCAUGGAUUUCACCAAUGCUACGUUUUAUGUGACCAAACUUCGAGACCAUCCCAUAGGUCGCAGGAAUCGAUUUUUGCUGUACUGUAUCAUUGCAAGGACAGAUGGAGAAGAACAGCUUUACAGAGCACUUUAAUUCACUUUUCCAUAUGCUGUCCGCCUUCGUUGUUUCGUCCACUUUCGAGAAAACUGCAAAGCACAACUGAAGCAGUCAAUUAUUCCAGAGGCACAGCAAAAAGAAUUUCUUGCCGAUAUAUUCGGACGACGAUGCGCAGAUACGCGGGAAAAUGGUAUGAAAAUUCUUUGUUUUAGGCCACAAUUAUAUCGAUCAAAAUUUGGUCAGUCCAAAUUACUCUACUUUGACCGGAAUUAAAUGUACACCUUCAAAUUAACAGUGCAUUCUAGCAUAUUAUAUAUACCUGAUAUUACAUCAAACAUAAUGCAACUUUAACAAAUACAUUUUCGAAUGUAAGAAUGACUGGUUCUGCAAGAAAAGCCAGUGAGGUGAAAAAAACCCAAAGAGUUUCACAAAGGCAGGCAAAAAGGUGUAAGAGAGCAAGAAGCAAGAGAAAGGUGGUCCAUCCUAUGCCAGCAGAGCUUUCAAUGAGAAGCUACAUUGGGGCCAAAGCUAGCAAUAAAGCCUUGAUUUUUUUAAAACGUCUUGUACUUGUAUUUUACAAUUUAAAUUGUAGUGAAUAUAAAUUCCCAAAAACCUGAAGCUACUUUUUCCCUUCAUAGCCACCUGGUUCAAAUACAGAUUAGAACUAAAGCUGAUUCUCUUUUGACAGCUACGAAAUAUAACAAAAUUUGUUUUAUCAAUGUUCAAACUCGAUUUAUUAGCAGAUAACCAUGCCGAUAUCUUGGACAAAUGAACAUUUACUAACACUCCUAGUUCCGAUAAUUUGUUAUGUGCAAAAAAUAAAUUUGCAUCGUCCGCAAAUAUAUGAAAUUCAAAUAAAUCAGAACAGUUUCAGAAAUCAUUAAUAUAUUUGGGACUGACCAAGAAUAUUGUGGCAAAGCUAUAAGGAGAAAUAUAAGUCGGAACGUCAGAACAAAAAGGGAAAUCAAUAGUGCAAUCGAGAAUAUGCAGGAAGCGAUUUCUGCUGUACUGUAUCAUUGCAAGGACAGAUGGAGAAGAAGAGCUUUAUAGGGCACUUAAAUUCACUUUUCCAUAUGCUGUCCACCUUCGUUGUUUCAUCUACUUUCGAGAAAACUGCAAGGCACAACAGAAGCAGUCAAAUAUUCCAGAGGCACAGCAAAAAUAAUUUCUUGCCGAUAUAUUUGGACGACGAUGCGCAGAUACGCGGGAAAAUGGUAUGAAAAUUCUUUGUUUUAGGCCACAAUUAUACCGAUCAAAAUUUGGUCAGUCCAAAAUACUCUACUUUGAUCGGAAUUAAAUGUACACCUUCAAAUUAACAGUGCAUUCUAACAGCUUAUAUAUACCUGAUAUUACAUCAAACAUAAUGCGACUUUAACAAAUACUGUGAAUUGAUAUUUUCAGGUCUUGUAGACGCUAAAGAUGAGAAUGACUUAAGAAAUAAGUUAUUUAGUUGUAAAGAAGCUUGCAACAACGAAGAAGGGCGUUACCUACCACCGGGUCAAAAACCUAAAUUUUAUGAUUACAUCCUUAUACUGACCCUAAGAAGAGAUACAUGUUUUGCCCUAAGAAUGAAGAAUCUUGGUGCAAGUAUUGGAGAACAAAAAAGGCUGCUGCAAAAGUACAUUAUCUGGAUCCAGUUUUCCUGGACUUUCUUUUACCAUUAUUCACCCGGCUUAGUAAGCGCUCAUUGUUUCUUUGGUGUUUGCCUGGAUAUUCCCAAAAUGAAAAUGAAAGCCUAAAUGGUAUUGUUUGGAGUAAAGCAUCCAAAGAUAAGCACAAAGGUCCUAACUUCAGCUUGACAGUGGUGCGAAAGCCUGCACGGUGUUAUGACCAUAGCGAAUAUACCACCCAAUGAGCAAGCAGUGAAAGCAGGAGAAAUCAAGGACAAGGUAAGAAUGACUGGUUCUGCAAGAAAAGCCAGUGAGGUGCAAAAAACAAACAAAAGAGAUUAACAAAGGCAGGCAAAACGUGUAAGAGAGCAAGAAGCAAGAGAAAGGGAAGGUGGUACAUACGUCCUAUGCCAUCGGAGCUUUCAAUGAAGAAGCUACAUUGGGGCCAAAGGCAGGAAUAAAGCCUUGAUUUUUUUUAAACGUUUUGUAUUUGUAUUUUCCAUUUUAAAUUGUAGGAAAUAUAAAUUCCCAAAAACCUUAAGCUACUUUUUUCCUUGACAGCCGCCUGGUUCAAAUGCAGUAAAGGUGAUUCUUUUUUGAGAGCUACGAAAUAUAACACAAUUUGUUUUUUCAAUGUUCAAACUAAAUUUAUUAGCAGCUAGCUAUGCCGAUAUCUUGGACAAAUGAACAUUUAUUGACACUUCUAGUUCCGAUAAUUUGUGAUGAGCAAAAAAUGUGUGAUGACUUAAGAAAUAAGUUAUUUAGUUGUAAAGAAGCCUAGAACAAGGAAGAAGGGCGUUACCUACCACCGGGUCAAAAACCUAAAAUUUAUGAUUACAUCCUUAUACUGACCCUAAGAAGAGACAUAUGUUUUGUCCGAAGAAUGAAGAAUCUUGGUGCAAGUAUUGGAGAACAAAAGAGGUUGCUGCAAAAGUACAUUAACUGGAUCCAGUUUUCCUGGACUGUCUUUUACCAUUAUUAACCCGGCUUCCCUGGAUAUUCCCAAAAUCAAAAUGAAAGCCUAAAUGGUAUUAUUUGGAGUAAAGCACCCAAACAUAAGUACAAAGUCCUAACUUCAGUUUGACAGUGGUGCGAAAGCCUACACGGUGUUUUGACCAUAGCGAAGAUACCACAGAAUGAGCAAACAGUGAAAGCAGGAGAAAUCAAGGACAAGAUAAGAAUGACUGGCUCUGCAAGAAAAGCCAGUGAGGUGCAAAAAAAACACAAAAGAGUUGCACAAAGGCAGGCAAAACGUGUAAGAGAGCAAGAAGCAAGAGAAAGGGAAGGUGGUCCAUUCUAUGCCAGCGGAGCAUUCAAUGAGAAGCUACAUUGGGGCCAAAGCCAUCAAUAAAGCCUUGAUUUUUUUAAAACGUUUUGUAUUUGUAUUUUCCAAUUUAAAUUGUAGGGAAUAUAAAUGCCCAAAAACCUUAAGCUACUUUUUCCUUGAUAGCCACCUGGUUCAAAUGCAGAUUAGGACUAAAGCUGACUCUUUUUUGAGAGCUACGAAAUAUAACAAAAUUUGUUUUUUCAAUCUUCAAACUGAAUUUAUUAGCAGCUAUGUACUGUAUGCCGAUAUCUUGGACAAAUGAACAUUUAUUAACACUUCUACUGUAGUUCCGAUAAUUUGUGAUGAGCAAAAAAUAAAUUUGCAUCGUCCGCAAAUAUAUGAAAUUCAAAUAAAUCAGAACAGUUUUAGAAAUCAUUAAUAUAUCUGGGACUGACCAAGAAUAUUAUGGCAAAGCUAUAAGGAGAAAUAUAAGUCGGAACGUCAGAACAAAAAGGGAAAUCAAUAGUGCAAUCGAGAAGAUGCAGGAAGCGAUUUUUGCUGUAUUGUAUCAUUGCAAGGACAGAUGGAGAAGAAGAGCUUUAUAGCGCACUUAAAUUAACUUUUCCAUAUGCUGCCCACCUUCGUUGUUUCAUCCACUUUCGAGAAAACUGCAAGGCACAACAGAAGCAGACAAAUAUUCCAGAGGCACAGCAAAAAUAAUUUCUUGCCGAUAUAUUUGGACGAUGAGUUGGAGAUACGUGGGAAAAUGGUAUGCAAAUUAUUUAUUUUAGGCAACAAUUACAUCGAUCAAAAUUUGGUCAGUCCCAAUUACUCUACCGUGAUCGGAAUUAAAUGUACAUCUUCGAAUUAACAGUGCAUUAUAGCAUAUUAUAUAUACCUGAUAUUACAUCAAACAUAAUGCGACUUUAACAAAUAAUGUGAAUUGAUAUUUUCAGGUCUUGUAGGGGCUAAAGAUGAGAAUGACUUAAGAAAUAAGUUACUUAGUUGUAAAGAAGCUUGGAACAAGGAAGAAAGCCGUAACCUUCCACCGGGUCAAAAACCUAAAUUUUAUGACUACAUCCUUAUACUGAACCUAAGAAAAGAGAAAUGUUUUGCCCUAAGAAUGAAGAAUCUUGGUGCAAGUAUUGGAGAACAAAAAAGAGGAUGCUGCAAAAGUACAUUAACUGGAUCCAGUUUUCCUGGACUUUCUUUUACCAUUAUUCACCCGGCUUAGUAAGCCCUCAUUGCUUCUUCGGUGUUUGCCUGGAUAUUCCCAAAAUCAAAAUGAAAGCCUAAAUGGUAUUGUUUGGAGUAAAGCAUCCAAACAUAAGUACAAGGUACAGGUACAGAUAUUUCACAGCACACUCCCUAACAGGGCUUUUUAGUGACUGGUUACAUUAUGAAUAGAUAGAUAGAACCAGACUGACGUGAAGCAGACCGAGGUAGACUUUGAGCUUACAAAUGGCGCUUGAGCAGCCGCUAUUAGUCCAUACCUCAUUAAUGAUCUGCCUCCAGACCUAUCCUAUGUGCCUAACCCACCCUGUCAACCUUCCCCUUCAGUUUGACAGUGGUGCGAAAGCCUACACGGCGUUAUGAUCUUAGCCAAGAUACCACCCAAUGAGCAAACAGUCAAAGCAGGAGAAAUCAAGGACAAGGUAAGAAUGACUGGUUCUGCAAGAAAAGCCAGUGAGGUGCAAAAAAAACCAAAAGAGUCUCACAAAGGCAGGCAAAACUUGUAAGAGAGCAAGAAGCAAGAGAAAGGGACGGUGGUACGUCCUAUGCCAUCGGAGCUUUCAAUGAAGAAGCUACUACAUUGGGGCCAAAGCCAGCAAUAAAGCCUUGAUUUUUUUAAACGUUUCGUAUUUGUAUUUUCCAUUUUAAAUUGUAGGGAAUAUAAAUUCCCAAAAACCUUAAGCUACCUUUUCCUUGACAGCCACCUAGUUCAAAUGCAGAUUAGGACUAAAGCUGAUUCUUUUUUCAGAGCUACGAAAUAUAACACAAUUUGUUUUUUCAAUGUUCAAACUGAAUUUAUUAGCAGCUAACUAUGCCGAUAUCUUGGACAAAUGAACAUUUACUAACACUUCUAGUUCCGAUAAUUUGUUAUGUGCAAAAAAUAAAUUUGCAUCGUCCGCAAAUAUAUGAAAUUCAAAUAAACCAGAACAGUUUCAGAAAUCAUUUGGGACUGACCAAGAAUAUUAUGGCAAAGCUAUAAGGAGAAAUAUAAUUCGGAAUGUCAGAACAGAAAGGGAAAUCAAUAGUGCAAUCGAGAAUAUGCAGGAAGCGAUUUUUGCUGUACUGCAUCAUUGUAAGGACAGAUGGAGAAGAAGAGCUUAAUAGGGUACUUAAAUUCCCUUUUCCAUAUGGUGUUCACCUUCGUUGUUUCAUCCACUUUCGAGAGAACUGCAAGGCACAACUGAAGCAGACAAAUAUUCCAGAGGCACAGCAAAAAGAAUUUCUUGCCGAUAUAUUUGGACGAUGAGUUGGAGAUACGUGGGAAAAUGGUAUGCAAAUUAUUUAUUUUAGGCAACAAUUAUAUCGAUCAAAAUUUGGUCAGUGCAAAUUACUCUACUGUAAUCGGUAUUAAAUGUACACCUUCAAAUUAACAGUACAUUCUAGUAUAUUAUAUACAGUAUACCUGAUAUUACAUAAAACAUAAUGCAACUUGAACAAAUACUGUGAAUUGACAUUUUCAGGUCUUGUAGACGCUAAAGAUGAGAAUGACUUAAGAAAUAAGUUAUUUAGUUGUAAAGAAGCUUGGAACAAGGAAGAAGGGCGUUACCUUCCACCGGGUCAAAAACCUAAAUUUUAUGACUACAUCCUUAUACUGACCCUAAGAAGAGACACAUGUUUUGUCCUAAGAAUGAAGAAUCUUGGUACAAGUAUUGGAGAACAAAAAAGAGGAUGCUGCAAAAGUACAUUACCUGGAUCCAGUUUUCCUGGACUUUCUUUUACCAUUAUUCACCCGGCUUAG